AUGGCGCAUCCUCAGCAGCGCUCCGGGAGCCUUGCAGCAGCGUCUAUCCAGUUAGAGCGGAGGGGGGAGAGAAGAAAGAGGAGACUAAGACAGCGGUGCAGGCAUCUGUGCCGCGGCUCGGGGCUGAGGAAGAGGAGCAGCGGCGGCGGCAGGGAGGAAGAGGAGGCGAGGAGCCCUCCCGGAGCCGUCCGUCGGCAGCGGGGGACGCGGCAUGCGGUUGUCCGAGGGCAGUGGGCUUUUCUCAGGAGGGAGAUGGGGAGCUGCGAUCUGACCAUGCCUGGUCGGCAGUAUGAUGACGGCUUAAAAAUCUGGUUCGCACCCCGGGAGAACGAGAAACCCUUCACGGAUUCAGAGAGGGCUCAGAAAUGGCGACUGUCCCUGGCAUCGCUCUUGUUUUUCACGGUCCUGCUCUCUGAUCACUUGUGGUUCUGCGCUGAGGCCAAAUUCACGGGGACCGGAGAGAAGGAGCAGCCGCCGCCCGAGAAGCCGGAGCCCGCGGAGCCGGAGCUGCUGGCGGGCAUGGGGGAGCCGGCGCCCCCCGCGCCCCGGCUCCUCGCCCCCCCCUCGCCCUCCCUCCCGCCCUCCCCCGGCAGCAGCGGUGGCGGCAGCCGCGGCAGCCGCAACAACGGCACCGAGCCCCGGCACGGCAAAGCUGCUUUCCUAGGGAACUCCACCACCAGGCCCCUGGAGACGUGUCCCCCCCCGGGGUCCUCGUCCGGGCAGUGCUUCAGCGUGGGGGACGCGGAGGCGGUGUGCCGGCCGCGGGGGGUGUCGGGGCGGCCGCCGGGCGCGGGGCAGAGCCCGGCGCCCGGCUGGGACCUGACGGAUUUUUACCUUUCCUUUUGUAAUUCCUACACACUUUGGGAGUUGUUUGCCGGGUUGUCCAAUCCGGACACUUUGAACUGCAGUCUGGAUGUGGUGCUGAGGGGGGAAGGCUCCUGCAGCCAGUGCGUCCAGGCUUACCAGCGCUACGACCAGCACGCUCAGGAGAAAUAUGAAGAGUUUGAGGUUAUGCUCCAGAAAUAUUUACAGUCGGAUGAGUACUCGGUGAAAUCGUGUCCUGAGGAUUGUAAGGUUGUCUACAAAGCCUGGCUGUGUUCCCAGUAUUUUGAAGUCACACAGUUUCACUGCAGCAACAGAAUUCCUUGCAAGCAAUACUGUUUGGAGGUUCAAACGAGGUGUCCCUUUAUAUUACCAGACAACGAUGAUGUCAUCUACGGAGGACUAUCAAGUUUCAUCUGUACAGGGCUCUAUGAAAACUAUCCAACCAAUGCAGAACCAGAAUGCUGUGAUGUCAGAUGGGGACUAUUAUCAGAUCAUCAAUCCAAAGGGACUAUAAAAACAAGUGGCUCAACAAUGUGUCACAGGACAUCGCUCACAGUUUCAUCAGCAUCAAGACUGUGUAACAGCAGACUUAAACUGUGUGUUCUUGUAUUAAUUCUCUUACAUACAGUACUUACAGUCUCAGCAGCACAGAACUCAACAGGACUGGGCUUUGGAGGCAUAACAACUUUGGAAGACAAUUCAACCCAUGAGGAAUAAAAGAAAGGAUUCAUUUUACAUGAUAGAAACACAACAGGCCCAAAUGACUAGAGUCAAAAACAGCAAAGACUGAGUGCUUUACCCUCAGAUCUCUUCUUGAAUGACCUUUUGGAUAAAAUGAAAAGGAUGGGCCACUACCCAAACAACAAGGACACAUGAACACAGCUUUUUAUUUACUAAAAGGCUGUUUGGUGACUUAAAUUUCUCACACCAUUUUAUACACUGUGUUUUAAUGUUUGGAGUUUCUUUUUUUGUUUGUUUUUUUGCACUUGUUAAUACAGGAUUUUAUUUUUGGGAUGGUUUAUCAAAGUUAAAUUAAGUCUUUUCUCUGUCAAUAUCUUUCUAGUCAUUGUGUGUGUUCAUCUGAUAGUUCUGUCUUUUAUGUCCUGUCAGUUUCUAUUAGAGGAAUGACUGCUAUGAUUCCAUGGCAAAGCA